GUGACUGGCCUGCUGUGUGACUAUCCCAAGCCCAAGAAUCAGUGAAGAACGCCCGAAAGUAUUGACAAACGUUCGUCUGUGGAAUAAACUCAGUUUCAAGCUUAUUUUUUGAUAGAGUGAUAUUGUAGAGUGAAAAAUGGGAGCUUCUGCAAUUCCAGUGGUGUUCUUUACCGCUCUCUGGGGUGGAGUGGGCAUCGUACUCCCUUUUUUCGUUCCAAAGGGACCGAAUCGUAGUAUUCUACAAGUUAUUCUGAUGCUGACAGCCUUUACGUGUUGGUUAUUCUGGUUAUGCUGCUACAUGGCACAAAUGAAUCCCCUAGUAGGUCCCAAGCUGGACGGCCACACACUCCUGAUGAUGGCACGUGAAUGGGAUGAAAUGCAAAUAAUAUCGAAUGCAGUUACAACGGAUCCAACCAAGCCCAAGAUCUAGACUAUUCCACUGUUAAUUCCUUUUACUCCAAACUGUUAAUUUACCGUGAGAAAUACGAGUGUGUUGACCAUCAUUCCUGAGAGUUUAGGGGAGAACUCCCCAUGUAUAAUUGUGAAAAAUGUUCAGAGUAUUCAUCAUCGAUUAAUUUUAUUUAUCAAAACAAAGAGUUAUUUCGAGUCAAUGAUGUGUAUAUAAAUAUAACCUAUUAUAGUUGAAUAAAAUAAUUGUCUGGAUGA